AUGGCAACAGGUGAUAUAAAAGGGGUCCUCCGAAAACUGGAACAGAGGCUGCGAAUGAUCAAUUAUCCCAGGGAUGUGGACUAUUCCAGUUUGGUGAAGGGGGAUCCUUCUGCAUCGCUGCCCAUUAUCAGCUACACAUUUACUGGUUAUUCAACGCACAUCGCAGAGAUCCUUGUGUCCUUAGAUGUUGAACUUUCUGCAAAGAGUGACUUGAGGUUUAUUGAUGCUGUUUACAAGGUUCUCAGGGAUGUGUUCCAUUACAAGCCUAUACUUACAAAGCAGCAAUUUCUUCAAUAUGCUUUCUCUGAACGGAAGAUACAAACAGUCUGUGAUAUUAUUGAUUGUGUGGUGAAAAAACAUAAGGAAAUUACAAAUCAGACCAAGGUUAAAUUGCGACCACCUAACAAGCUGGCUACUGCUAAGGAUAAAUUUGAAGUAUUUUAUCCUGAAGAGUCAUCUGUGUGUCCUACAACUGAAAAGUUAAUUCAAAAAAAAAUGCUUGUGGAACGACAUGUUGGCAGGCCUGCUAAUUUACCUAUAGUUUCUGAAAGAUUUGUGCCAUCAACUCAGGAAGAAAUAUCAAGCUCGGAGUCUGAAGCAGAUGGCCAGUGUGAGGAUGUGGUAACAAAAGAUGCACAGAUUGAUUUUCUGAAGGCGCAGCUUGCUGAAUGUCAAGAGAAACUCACACGGCUUGAUUGGAUGGAAGAGAGACUACAGGCUUUGGAGAAUAGUAUGAAAGGGAAAUUAGUCAUCGAUGAGAGUGACUGGAACAACCUUCUCAGUCGUGUUCUUCUCCUAGAAACGGACCGAUUGCUACAUACCAAAAAGAAAGAUUUGACAGCAGAAUUCACUUCUAUAAGUGAAGAGCAUACGUCCAGCAGGAUAACAAAUGAGAUUUCGCCAGACUUUAACACCAAGGUAGUUAUCCCAGAAAGCAAUCAUCAGUCGUCUGGAUACAAUUCUCUGCUAUCUGCAGACACAUCUCCCAUAGCCAAUGACAUCAAUUACAGCUGCUUGACAGAAGACUUAAAGGAGCCAACAAAACAGAGAAUGGAUCGAUUAGCUAAAAUGCUGGAGGAAACCUCGAAUCUUCUGAAAUAUUCAACUACUUCCUAG